AUGAGUCCUCCUGUCGCCGCUACCGAAUACCCUUACUCAGGCGACUUGCAUUCCAAUUCAUUCGACGGAGACAAAUUAUCAUUGUGCUCAUCAGAUCAUCAUGUUCCACCUUUCCUACCAACGGCUGGUCUUUAUCCUUCACCAUACCGAGUCUCGACGGCAGCAGCCUUUGCCGAUAUAAAUCGAGCUCUGGACGUCCGAUCGUUGAGAAAUUCUGUACAUGCCACUUUUGAGGCCGGCCAGACGCCUCUUUCGCUUUCAUCGCAUAGAACGAAUUCAAGUUCCUCAAGAAAUCAAGCUCCUCUGCCAGACCACAUGGGCAGGAUACGUUCUUAUUCACGCCCCGAUUAUCCAAGAAGGGUGACGAGCUCUGAGACAGAGUCAGAACAGUUAUUUGAUGAUGACAACAGCACCAAGUGUGCAGCACGAAUCCGUCGAACAGUAUGCGUGGUGCCGGGUGGGGAUACUGCAGUUGCCGGAGGCCAGACCAAGUAUUUUUUAUCGAGGUCCCGUGAAAAAUGGAUUCCGAGAAGAAAGGAUGUGCACAAGUCCGCAGGAACUAGGGCGAUGGAUUUUGUGAUAACUGCCCCAAACGGCAAGAGGUCAUCGAAGAAGAUGAGAGGAACAGAUUGUGUUAUCAUGUGA